AUGAACAAUAUCUGGACAGGAGGCGAUGGACCUGUGAAGAAGUUUGGCUUGCAACAUUUCAAUCUAUUGAAAGUGCUUGGAAAAGGAAGCUUCGGAAAGGUCAUGCUUGUCGAGCUAAAAGGAAAGAACGAGUAUUAUGCAAUGAAAUGUCUGAAAAAAGACGUUAUACUAGAAGAUGAUGACACCGAAUGUACUUAUAUAGAACGACGAGUGCUAAUUCUAGCUAGCCAAUGCCCAUUCCUUUGUCAGCUGUUCUGCUCUUUCCAGACAAACGAAUAUUUAUUCUUUGUUAUGGAAUAUUUGAAUGGUGGUGAUUUGAUGCAUCAUAUUCAACAAGUGAAGAAAUUCGACGAGAAUCGAACUCGGUUCUAUGCUUGCGAGAUUAUCGUUGCCCUGCAAUUUUUACACGCAAAUAAUAUUAUUUAUCGAGAUUUGAAGCUGGACAACAUCCUGCUCGACUCUGAAGGACAUGUGAAAUUGGCCGACUUUGGCAUGGCUAAGACCGAGAUGAACCGUGAGAAUGGUAUGGCAUCGACAUUUUGCGGAACUCCUGACUACAUCAGCCCUGAGGUGAGAUUAGCGCAAAAUUUUCCUGUAGAUUUCUGGUCAUUUGGCGUUUUGAUGUACGAAAUGUUAGUCGGACAAUCACCAUUCCAUGGUGAAGGUGAAGAUGAGCUCUUUGAUUCAAUCCUUAGCGAUCGCCCUUACUUCCCGAAGACCAUUUCGAAAGAAGCGGCGAAAUGUUUGAGUGCUCUAUUCGAUCGUAAUCCGAACACUCGACUAGGGAUGCCCGAAUGUCCGGACGGACCAAUUAGGCAACAUUCAUUCUUCCGUGGUGUCGACUGGAAACGAUUCGAGACACGACAAGUCCCACCACCUUUCAAGCCCAAUAUUGUGAGUUUGCGGAAAUUUUACUUGGUUAGAAAACUAAAGAAUCUUAAUUUUACCAAGUAUGUUUGCGUACAUAACAUUGCUUUCUUUCAAGAGGAUUAG